AUAAUGUUCGUGCGGUAUUUUUAUAUUUGUGCUCAGUACCAUGUGAAAAGAAACUGCGAAAGAUUGAAUCUGCCGGGAUACUUGAGUUCACGAGCAUAUACACAUUAGCUUCAAAGAUAUAUCGAAGUGUUAGCUCUAGUGUCAGCUUGGAUGAUUCAUAGUGUAGACGAAUGGAAACGGACCAAUUCUAUGGGAAUCUAUCCUUAUUUGAAAUAAUACAAGAACGAAGACAAAGAUGUGACGAGUCCAUUCAAAAUUCCACCUCAAUACCUCUUCAAGGAAGCGCCCAUAAAGACUGUGAUGAAAAUGGAACGUGGUUUAGACACCCCUCCUCUAACAAGCCUUGGUCCAACUACACCACGUGUGUCGACACAGAGGACUUAAACGUGCGACUACAAGUGAUCGGAAUUUAUGAAACAGGAUACCUCGUCUCUCUAGUAGCAUUACUUAUAUCCUUGGCAACGUUGUCAUAUUUCAAAGCAUUAAGAUGUCCAAGAAAUACGAUGCACAAAAAUCUGUUCACAAGUUUUGCAGUCAAUAAUUUUCUAUGGCUUUUGUGGUAUCGGUUAAUUGUGACGGAACCAGAGGUGAUAAAUGAAAAUGGGGUAGGCUGUCAAGUGCUUCACGUUGUCCUUCACUAUUUUUUACUGACGAACUAUUUCUGGAUGCUUGCAGAGGGGUUCUACUUACACACUCUUUUAGUUUCUGCGUUCAUUUCAGAAGAGCGGCUGGUCAGGUGGCUUUACGUCCUUGGCUGGGUUACCCCUAUCCCUAUAAUUUUUCUCUACACCGUAUUGCGCCUUUACUAUCAAGCAACGGAUCAAUGCUGGCUGGUUGAGGGGUUCAUGAUGGUGCUCAUAAUUCCUGUGAGUUUAUCGAUGGCCCUGAAUUUAGUGUUCUUAUGUAACAUCGUGCGAGUUUUGUUGAUCAAACUGAGAGCGGGUCCAACGCACUUGACGGAAGGCCGGCCGUCGCGAACUUUGCUGCAAGCGUUUAGGGCCACCCUUCUGCUCCUACCUUUACUCGGUUUACACUACUUGCUUACUCCGUUUAGACCACCUAAAGGACAUCCUCUUGAGGUCAUCUAUGACAUUAUGUCAUCUGCAACUGCGUCGUUUCAAUUUGUCAGGUCUACUGUUGUACCACUGACUUGCGAAGACAAUGUAUAGCGAACUGCAAUACGUACAACAGGUGUUUGGAUCUCCUGCAGUUGGUGCUCCC